AUGCAAUUCUUUGAUGGACGCAACUACAGAAUCAAUAAAAUUCUCCUAUCGUGCAUAGGCCAAUGGCCAUAUCAAACGAAAAGGAGUAGCAGCGCUAUUAUUAUUAUUAUAGUGUCUUUAGCUGGUACGCAAUUUAUCGCCAAGGUAUGUGGUUUACUCUCAAUUGAAAAUAUCGAUAUAUUUAUCGAUUCUCUUUCACCAUUAGUAGUCGAUAUAGGAUGUGGAGUAAAAUUAAUUACUUGCAUAUUAAAGGCAAAGGAGAUCAGAGCAAUUUUUGAUCAAAUACAGAGCGAUUGGCAAUGGCUAAAGAAAUCAACUCACAUUAAAGUUCUUAAUAAUUAUGCGCAAAAUGGACGAACAUUUACAAUUAUAUACGCAAGUGCUUUUUAUUCUGCAUUGACGUUAUUUAUGCUAGUACCAUUGUUACAACCACUGUUGCUGCAUUCUUCUUCAAAUAAUACAGCUCGGCCAUUACUACACUGAGUCGAAUACUACGUUGAUAUAAACAAAUAUUACUUUCCCAUCUUAAUCCAUGGAUAUGCCACAGCUAUUAUUUGUGUAAGCAUAGCCAUUGCAGCGGAUACUAUGUAUGUAAUCAUGAUACAGCAUGUUUGCGGAUUAUUUAAGAUCAUCGAGCAACAAUUAGAAAAUAUAAUAAAAAAAGAUAAUUUAGAAAUAAAUUUCAAACCAUCUGUAAAAGACGAUGAACCAUAUAAAAAUAUUGUAAAAAGCAUUCAUGCGCAUAAAAAUGCUUUAAGGUUCGCCAGUCUCGUCGAAGCUACAUUCAGUCAGAUGUUUCUUAUACUAGCAGGUUUUAAUAUGCUUAUCAUGAGUAUGACCGGAGCUGUAACAAAUAUGGACAAGCCGGAAGAAUUUUUAAGGCAGAUAACAUUUGCGUGCGCAUUAUUAGUGCAUCUAUUUUUUGAGAGUUUUCAAGCACAGAGUCUAAUCGAUCACAGCGCAUAUAUUCAAAUUAGUUUAAUGAAUAUAGCAUGGUAUCAAACCUCAUCUCGAACAAGGAAAAUCUUAAUCUUUAUGAUAAUGAAAACGCGAGAACCUUGUGUACUAACAGCAGGAAAAAUGUUCGUGAUAUCCAUGGAUACUUUUUCUACAAUCGUGCGUACAUCAGUAUCGUAUUUUACGAUGUUGCGAUCGUUGCAAUAAUUUACUUCGCUAAAACUAACUCUUUGGUGCCGCCGUACUAAAUAUUUUUGAUUAUAAAUAUGCAGUAUUGUUUAUUUGUCAAUAGAUUUGUAGAAAAUAAAAAGUCUAAAAAUAAAUUAAAUUGUUAGUUAAGAAACAUCUUUUUUUAAAUGCUACAAUCGAUAUGCAUACACAUGUGCAAAUAUCAAACAAAUACAAUUAUAGUUAUAAAAAAAAUUAUUAGCUGUCAUACAUAUAAAAAAACAAGAUAUCUACAGUAAAU